AUGGCCGAGAAGGUUAUCAUUGCCGGCUUAGAACAGCCCUGGCAGAGAGAUCAGCUACUUGAAGUGCGCACUGGAAAGGCGAAGCCGGUAUUUGGUCUUCCUGUCCAAUCUGCCAUUUUUAAGUCAGUACGCUACGGCUCGGUCUUAGUGGACAAGCUGGGCUGCCGAGGUGAUGAGCAUGUCUAUGAAUUUCACGGUGGGCGCGAUAAAGCACUCCUCCAAUAUUGUUCCCAGCAUUAUGAUGUCUGGCGCCAGGAGCUACCCGGAAGCGCCCAUCUAUUUCAUGUCGGUGGUUUUGGCGAAAAUUUAGUGGCUCACGAAGCAAAUGAACGCAAUACGUGCAUUGGAGAUGUUGUCCGUAUUGGUGCGGUGAUCGCACAAGUCAGUUUACCCCGACAGCCAUGUUUCAAGCUUAAUCAUCGGUUUGAGGAGAAAAACAUGUCGCGUUUGACACAGGAGCGGUUCCGGACCGGCUGGUACUACCGCAUCCUCCGAGAAGGAUCUAUACAGGCGGGCGACGAGAUUGAGCUCCUAGAGCGCCCUUGCCUUCAGUGGACGGUGGCUCGAGUUCAACAUUACCUGUAUCAUGAAAAAGCAAACUUUGAAGUCAUGAAUGAACUGGCGACGCUUGGAUAUUUAGGCGAAGAGGUUCGCAACAUUUUUAAAAAUCGACUGAGUAAGAAAUUUGAGAACCAGGAGCAACGACUACUAGGAGACAGUUCAAUGGCGAUGAAUAUGUGGUCUGAUUAUCGGCUAGUAGGGAGGAACUACGAAACUCCUGCAGUGGUGUCAUUCACUUUUCAGGCUGUGCGACCGAACGCCUCGCCAGAAGCAGUACAGCCAGGCACGCAUGUCCGAUUGAAACUGGGUGGACGUCUCAUCCGUGCCUAUUCGGUGGUUGAAGGAAACCAGAAUCGGUUCACUCUGGGAGUAGCUCUCGAGCGUCAGACAAGCCGCGGGGGCUCCCUCUAUAUACAUGAGAAUCUCAAGAAAGGCGAUGUGGUGACAAUCAGUGACUUCGCAGCUACAUUUCCUCUUGCUAAAGAGGCUGACCGCCAUAUCCUCAUUGCCGGUGGCAUCGGAAUUACGGGCUUACUUACGGCUAGUCUCACAUUGCAGCAAAGCGGUCAAGCAUACCACCUUCAUUACGUGGUCAGAUCGCCAGAUGAAGCACCUUUCAAGUCUUACCUCGAUGCCUUGGGGACUAACGUGACAAUAUACUCAAAGAAAAUGGAUAAGCCAUUUGACGUCUCGGCAGUUCUGCAAAAGGCGGACAGUAAUGCACACGUGUACUGCUGCUCAGGAGAAAGGCUGAUGAAAGACGUCCGUAAUACCGCUAGCAAGAUUGGUCUUCCACGAGAGAAUAUCCACUUUGAAUCAUUCCAGACGAAUAGCACGGGUGAUCCUUUUAUGGCUCAACUAGCCGAUUCAGAGAUAAUGGUGGAAGUAGCAUCGGGUGAAAGUCUCUUGGACGCACUGCGAGAGUCAGGUUUUGAUAUACCAUCCACAUGCGAAGCCGGGAACUGCGGCACUUGUCGGGUUGGCGUGCGCAGUGGUCAAAUUGAACACCGAGGUACCGGACUCCUCGAUAACGAGAAAAAUACUGCAAUGCUCAGUUGCGUCUCGCGAGGGAUUGGGCAGAUUAUCCUUGAUCUAUAG